GAAAAUAUAUAUACAGAGAAACUGACACGCGGAAACAGAUAGAAACAGAGGAAGAACCAGACCAGUUUUUUCUUCCCCUGUUUGCUCUGUUUUUUAAACAGAGGAAGAACCAGACCAGUUUUUUCUUCCCCUGUUUGCUCUGUUUUUUCUUUUCUUUCACGGUCAAUGAUCAUAUGUAUCAUCAGCAUACCAUGCAUGCAAUGAUUGAAUGAAUGAAUUCCAUGCCCAUCUUCUGAAACUCUCCUAAAGUACAAGAAAAUCAUCUGGUUGUUGUUUGGCAAGAAAGAAAAUAUGCAUACAGGGAAUCACUGGGGAGGCUCAUUUGAGCUGAGCAACACAGGGAAUAAUGCAGAAGAUGAUGAUCAUCACAGGAACAAUGGAACAAGUGAAGACUGGGAUAGAGCUUCUCUGUAUCAUCGUCAGCAAUCCAAUCUUGAUCUUGAUCAUAAUCACCAGCAUCAAUUGAAUGAUACACAAAGAAGCUGGCUUUUAGGACCGCCUGAUGUGAAGAAAACCAAAUACGUGGACUUGGGUUGCAUAAUAUGCAGCCGCAAGGCUCUCAAAUGGAGUAUCUUGUCGUUUGUUAUAGCUUUCAUGGUGAUUGCACUUCCUAUCAUCAUUGUCAAAGCCAUUCCAAAGCAUAAGUCUCAUCCUCCUCCACCUGAUAAUUACACUCUUGCCCUCCACAAGGCCCUCCUCUUCUUCAAUGCCCAGAAAUCUGGGAAACUGCCAAAGAGCAAUGGAAUUCCGUGGAGAGGAAACUCAGGACUAAGCGAUGGAAAUGAUACAAACGUCAAAGGAGAUCUAGUUGGAGGGUAUUAUGAUGCAGGAGACAAUGUAAAGUUCCAUUUUCCAAUGGCGUAUGCCAUGACCAUGCUCAGCUGGAGUGUUAUUGAAUACAGUCACAAAUAUGAAUCGAUCGGAGAGUAUAAACAUGCUAGAGAGCUCAUCAAAUGGGGUACUGAUUACUUGCUCUUAACCUUCAAUUCCUCAGCCACCAAAAUCAACCAAAUUUAUUGCCAGGUGGGUGGAGGUCAAAAUGGUUCUACCAUAGAAGAUGAUCACAACUGCUGGCAGAGACCAGAAGACAUGGACUAUGAACGUCAUACGCAAACAUGCUACUCAGGGCCGGAUAUAGCAGGUGAAAUGGCGGCGGCCCUUGCCGCAGCCUCCAUAGUUUUCCGUGACAAUGCAGCAUACUCCAAGAAGUUGGUACGAGGAGCAGAAACAGUGUUUAGCUUUGCAAGAGACUCUGGGAAAAGGAGAUCAUACAGCCGAGACAAUACUUAUAUUUCUCCCUACUACAACUCCACAGGCUACUACGACGAAUACAUGUGGGGUGCUGCUUGGUUGUACUAUGCUACGGGAAAUUCAACUUAUAUUUCAUUGGCAACCAACCCGGGAAUACCUAGAAACGCCAAGGCGUUUUAUGGCCUCCGUGAGUUGAGUUACCUUAGUUGGAAUAACAAACUACCGGCGGCUAUGUUGUUGUUGACAAGGUUAAGGCUAUUCCUGAAUCCAGGCUACCCGGCUGAGGACAUGUUGAGAAUGUACCAUAACACAACCUGUCUUAACAUGUGUUCUUAUCUCCAAAAGUUCCAUGUCUUCAACCGGACCAGAGGAGGAAUGAUCUUGCUAGCCAAUGGAGGGCCACAGCCUCUUCAGUAUGUGGCUAAUUCUGCUUUCCUGGCAUCUCUGUUUGCUGAUUAUUUGACUGCUUCUGGUGUUCCUGGUUUUUACUGUGGCCCCAACUAUAUUACAAUCGAUGCUCUUCGGAGCUUUGCAACCUCUCAGAUGGACUAUAUACUAGGCAAAAACCCCAUGCAUAUGAGCUACGUGGUGGGGUUUGGCAAGAAGUUCCCAAGACAAGUGCAUCACCGUGGUGCAUCAAUACCCAAUAACAAGAAAUUUUACUCCUGCAAGGAUGGAUGGAAGUGGUUCCACCUAAAAAAACCCAAUCCUAACAACAUCACCGGAGCCAUGGUCGGAGGGCCUGAUCGGUUUGACCAGUUCCGAGACAUUCGCAGUCACUACAACAAUACAGAGCCAAGUUUAGCUGGUAAUGCAGGGCUGGUUGCCGCACUUGUUUCGCUGACAAAAACUGCUGGCGAUGGCAUUGACAAGAACACCAUAUUUUCGGAGAUUCCACCACCCGGUCCACGGAACCCCCCACCGCCACCACCUUGGAAGCCAUGAGCACAUCUGAAACGAUCAUUUCUGUGUCUAAAUUUUUCCUUAUUUUUGAGCUACUGUUUAUAAGGCAAAAAUUUGAUAUGUUUAUUCAUAUGAGACUUCAGUUGAUCAGGCAUUGUUUUAUGUUAUAUUGUACAUACUUUGAUUUUCCCAUAUGGACUUUUAUGGUUGCUGCCUUAAUAUAUGUUAUGUACAAUAUUUUGUGACCUUAA